CAAAUAGGCCCGGAAGAAACCUCAGGAAACUCCAUUAACCCCAGCCAAAAAUCGCAGGCUCUGCCUUGGGUUUGGAGCUAAAGAGCAAAGGCUACGUAGUAGGGGAAAGAAAAGGACGGCAGUAGCCGGAGAGCAGGCCCCAAGCUUUAGCUUUAUUCACUUCAUAUUGCUCAUCUUCCUUUGCCUCUCACUACCCCUGCCAAUCCAGAAGGACUGCCGCUGCUCUCCCACUCCCCUACUAUACUCUCCUGCCCAGCAGCUCGUCAUUCUCGAACAGAGCGAGCGCGCAGAGCAGCGUGUCCGUUCGUCCUUGCGCUGUCUGUACUGCAGCCUCUCUCUCCCUCUUCAGUCCUUCAAAUCCUCGGCCGCGCCAUCCUCGCUGAGCUGCCCCGGUCCUUGCAUUCCUCGAGGCGGCUCGUCUCUGGUCGUCUCUGUGUUCUUGGGUUGGAGCGUGCUGGGCUCAUUUACUUCUUCAGCUGCUGUUCUGAAGCGUUUCUUUAUGGCCGGAAGCAGCGUUAACUGCUUCGGGCAUUGAUCUGGCGAGCUCAGCUGUGGGUUUGGUGCGCGGAGCUGGAGCCUUUUUGGACUCUGAAAGGCCGCAUUUGAUCGUGGUUUCCGCAGUCUUUGUUUGUAGCCUCGGUUUCUUGCUUCAUCUGUAGCGAUUUCUUGUGUUGGGGUGGUAGCAAAUGGUUGUUUCCUGCGUCUGUGCUCUUGGUUUUGUUCCUGAAUCCUGCGGCUUCUGCUUCGUCCGCUUCCGUUCUUGAUCUUUCUCCCCAAAGUGAGCUCUCCUAAUUUUUUUCCUCGAUCCCUUUGCUUCUUGUUGGAUUCUUGUCCGGAGACUGCAUUUGGAGCUGCUGCUUUGGAUUAUUACCCAAAUAGCGGAGGAACUCUUGGAGUUGUCUGGUUCUUUUGCCCAUAGUUUGGAAAAAACAGGACUCGGGGUGUAGAACAUCAUUAAUUCGAUUCACAAAAAAGUGGAGAAUUAGGUAGCAGAAUCCUGUUCUUUCCUUAUUCGUUUUUGGAAAUACUGUUCUGAGAGGGAUAGAAAGGGGCAAAGUUUGGAGGUUUUGAGGAGGGAAGAUUCAUUCCUUGGACUGCAUGAGGAAGCACUGAGACAAUGAGAGAUGAGAAUUUUUCAAUCAAGAACAAGCUGUCCUGGUCCAAGACCCUUGUUAGGAAGUGGUUCAACAUCAAAACAAAGGCGAAGGACGUCCGUUCUGAUUAUGCAGUUGAAGAAGUGGGAGUGCAGUGCAGGACCAGCUUCUCAGAUAGAGAUGCAUACAAAUCCAAGAAAAGCAGGACAGAGAGGUUGCCUAGGAAGAAUGUGGAUCGAGAUGGUCGAGUAGGAAAUGGAUUUGACGGUGCUUAUAUUACAAACACACAGGACUACAGGGUCUUUGUUGGUACGUGGAAUGUGGGCGGAAGGUCACCAUCUAGUCAUUUGAAUCUGGAGGACUGGCUUCAUACUUCUCCUGCUGCUGAUAUAUAUGUGAUUGGGUUUCAGGAAAUUGUUCCUUUGAAUGCUGGUAACGUCCUAUUGGCUGAAGACAAUGGUCCAGCGAAGAAAUGGGUUUCUCUUGUUAGAAAAACUCUAAAUAACCUGGAUCAACAAGGCUCUGCUGGUGUCUACAAUUACCACACCCCUUCACCGGCUCCAGAUCCUAUUGUGGAGCUCAAUGUUGACUUUGAGCGAUCAUUAAGAAGACAACGGAACUCGUCAUUCUUCCACCGACGUUCGUUCCAGUCCUUAAGUCGUAGUUCAAGGAUUGACAUGAUGGAUCCUCACUCGUUAGUGGACCGUCGUUUCAGUGUUUGUGACCGGAUUAGUUUUGGGAGCAGGCCAAGUGAUGUUGACACCAGUAUGAGAUGUGGUGGGUCAUCUGAUGAUGAGAAUAUUGACGAGGAAUCACCUAGUGGCAUAUUCUUCUCACCACUAUGCACCGAUUCUAGGUAUUGCUUAGUUGCCAGCAAGCAAAUGGUUGGAAUUUUCCUCAUGGUUUGGGUACGAAGUGAUAUAAGGGAGCAUGUGAAGAACUUGAAGGUUUCAUGUGUUGGUAGAGGCUUGAUGGGCUAUCUUGGAAACAAGGGAUCAAUAUCAAUCAGCAUGUCUCUGCAUCAGACAAGCUUCUGCUUUGUGUGCACUCACUUAACAUCAGGUCAAAAAGAUGGUGAUCAACUUAGAAGAAAUGCAGAUGUAUUAGAAAUUUUGAGGAAGACAAGAUUUCCACAUGUUCAUGGAUCAGGUGACAAGAAGUCACCAGAGACAAUUCUUGACCAUGAUCGUAUUAUAUGGCUUGGGGAUCUGAAUUACCGGAUAGCUCUUUCCUAUCGCUCAGUGAAUGCUUUAGUUGAGAUGCACAAGUGGAAACAAUUAUUGGAAAAGGACCAGCUUCGUAUAGAGCAAAGAUACGGUCGGGUAUUUGCAGGCUGGAAAGAAGGGAGGAUUUACUUUCCUCCCACGUACAAAUACUCAUACAACUCUGAUAGAUAUGCAGGUGAUGAUAUGCAUCCAAAUGAGAAGCGAAGAACACCAGCAUGGUGUGAUCGGAUUCUAUGGUAUGGAAGAGGUCUAAAUCAACUAUGUUAUGUGCGUGGCGAGUCUAGAUUCUCGGAUCACAGACCUGUGUACAGUAUUUUCACAGCAGAGGUUCAAAUUCCGAGCCAAACGCAGUUCAGUGGCAUUACUCGUUCAAGCUCUCUCAUGGGGGUGGAUGAACUCCCAUACCCGACUUAUCCACGCAGUUACAUGGAUAUAAAUUUUUACUGAUUGUGUAUCUCGAUGGGACAUUCUUCAUUACCUGAGCGAUAGAAUGCGCCUUCUGAAGUCUGAACUUCAUUCCUCCCAAGAUUCCAUCAGAUGGAAUAUUUCUAGCUAACAGGUACUCAAGGAGAUGCUUUCUAAUUGUAAGAUUAGGAAUAUUUGCGAAGUUAUGCACAGUUUUGAGGCUAACCAUCCGCAAGUACCGGUUCACAAGAAAGAAAAAGGAGAGUUUUUGUGUCGAACAGAAGCUAGUCACUAACAUCUAGAGAUAAUUUGUGUUGUGCUUUUGGAUACCCCCUUCAUGAUACAGUUUCUUUUCCUGGGCCAUUUGGGCAUGGAAGGUCCGGUUUCUCUUUUUGUUUCGUUUUGCUUGCUCCCCUGAUGUAACAAGAGCCCCUUGGCUCAGAUAUUUUUAGUCGAAAGUAAUGAUGAUUUGUACAGCAAACUGUUCUUGUAACUUUUUUCGCCAUUGUAUUUGCAAGUUGCAACUUGUUCAUGCUGUCAAAGAAAUGAUCACCAGCA